AUGGCCACCCUAGAAAAACAAACACCUAAUCCUGAUGCGACCACCACUGCCGUCGGUGAUAUCGUCGAUGAGGACGAUAUCUCUCCUAUCGAGGAAGUCCGGCUAACCGUGUCCAACACCGAUGAUCCGACCCAACCAGUAUGGACCUUGCGAAUGUGGAGUUUGGGCUUAAUCUCAUGUGCCCUCCUCUCCUUCCUUAACCAGUUCUUCUCAUACCGGACCGAGCCCAUCAUCAUAACCCAAAUAACCGUCGUGGUGGCGACCCUCCCCAUCGGCCGCUUCAUGGCCGCCGCCCUCCCCACAACCCAGUUCAGAAUACCAGGGUUUGGAUCGAUGUUAUUCUCUCUUAACCCGGGUCCCUUUAACAUGAAGGAGCAUGUACUCAUUUCCAUCUUUGCCAAUGCUGGCUCUGCAUUCGGAAAUGGGCCAGCUUAUGCUGUUUAUAUUGUUGAUAUAGUCAAAGCCUUAUACCACCGGAAUAUAUCCUUUGUGGCUGGUUGGCUUCUUAUUAUCACUACUCAGGUGCUCGGAUAUGGUUGGGCUGGGCUAUUGAGGAAGUAUGUGGUGGAGCCGGCCCAUAUGUGGUGGCCGUCCACUCUCGUUCAGGUCUCACUUUUUCGGGCUUUGCAUGAGAAAGAAGAGAGGCGCAUGUCAAGGGGAAAGUUCUUCGUAAUUGCACUAAUUUGCAGUUUUGCAUGGUACACUGUGCCAGGCUACCUCUUCUCAACACUUACAAACAUCUCAUGGGUUUGCUGGGCAUUCUCCAAGUCAGUCACUGCCCAGCAGCUUGGCUCAGGCAUGCAAGGGCUUGGACUAGGAGCACUGACACUCGAUUGGGCAGCCGUGGCAUCCUUCUUGUUCAGCCCCGUCAUCAGCCCCUUCUUCUCUAUUGUCAACAUAUUUGUAGGCUAUGUAUUGAUACUCUACAUAGCAAUCCCUAUAGCAUACUGGGGAUUUGACUUGUACAGUGCAAGUAGAUUUCCCAUUUUCUCUUCAGAUUUGUUUACAUCCCAAGGUCAGCCAUACAACAUAUCAGCUAUUGUCAAUGACAAGUUUGAGUUAGAUCUAGCAAAAUACGAGGAGCAAGGACCAAUUCAUUUAAGCAUGUUUUUUGCUCUCACUUAUGGCUUUGGCUUUGCCACCGUUGCUGCCACCCUUACCCAUGUGGCCUUCUUCAAUGGAAGUGAAAUUUAUGAGCGAUUUCGAGCUUCUUACAAGGGGAAGGAGGAUAUUCAUACAAAAUUGAUGAGGAGCUACAAGGACAUACCUUCCUGGUGGUUUUACUUGUUGCUUGCUGUGACACUUGUAGUUUCACUUGUACUUUGCACUGUUUUGAAUGAUCAGAUCCAGAUGCCAUGGUGGGGGCUCAUCUUUGCUUGUGCCAUAGCCUAUAUUUUUACCCUUCCAAUCAGUAUCAUAACUGCCACGACAAACCAGACACCAGGGCUAAACAUAAUAACAGAGUAUAUGAUGGGGCUUAUAUAUCCAGGAAGACCAAUAGCCAAUGUAAGCUUCAAAGUUUAUGGCUACAUGAGCAUGGCUCAAGCUGUCUCCUUCCUCAAUGAUUUCAAGCUUGGACACUACAUGAAGAUUCCUCCAAGAUCAAUGUUCUUAGUUCAGUUCAUAGGAACAAUUGUUGCUGGAACUGUCAACAUUGGAGUAGCAUGGUGGUUGCUAAAUUCCAUUGAGAACAUAUGCCAACCAGAGCUCCUUCCUGUCAACAGUCCCUGGACAUGCCCUAGUGACAGAGUUUUCUUUGAUGCAUCUGUUAUAUGGGGUUUGGUGGGACCCAAACGGAUCUUUGGAACUCUUGGAAGCUAUCAAGCCAUGAAUUGGUUUUUCCUUAUAGGUGCAAUAGGCCCAGUUCUUGUUUGGCUAUUGCACAAAGCAUUCCCCAAGCAAUCUUGGAUUCCACUCAUUAACCUUCCAGUCCUCCUGGGAGCAACAGGAAUGAUGCCUCCGGCAACAUCCUUGAACUACACUUCCUGGAUUAUAGUUGGAACAAUCUUUAACUAUUUUGUUUUCCGGUACCGGAAGCAGUGGUGGCAGAGGUACAAUUACAUUCUUUCUGCAGCACUGGAUGCUGGGGUGGCUUUCAUGGGAGUAUUGCUCUACUUUCCAUUGGGCAUGAAUGGGAUAGGUGUGGAUUGGUGGGGCACGCGUGGGGAAUACUGUGACUUAGCAUCAUGUCCAACAGCAAAGGGCAUAGUUGUUGAAAAUUGUCCAGUGAAGUGA